AUGUGGUCUUCGGUCACAGGCAAAAUGGAGGUCCGCCACCUGCCCACCGAGGAGCAGCGGUGGAACUUACUGGAGGAAAUCUACGCCAACUACGAGGAGGUAAACGCCCAGCAGAAGGAAAUCGCCAGGCGGAAGCGGGAGAUGGGCUCGGAAAUACCGGAUGGCAACUGGAAGAAGAUUUCUCGGGUGCUUUUCAGUGAAAACCCCUCCGACGUCGCGCGCUUUGGGGACUGGGACACCUACGAGAGAAUUGAGCAGACGUUGAAGAAGUUUGUGUACAGCCGCAGCCAAAACGCGUUCGCCGGUAACACGAAGGAGGACGCCCUCAGCGAGCGCAUUGAUAUUCUGAGCGACAUACGGGCGCAGCAGGCGGACCGCAUUGCGUCACUGGAGACGACUCUGGCAGCCACGCAGGAGGAGCUGGCGGGGCUCAUGGAUAUGCUGCGGAUGAAGGACAGGGAAAUCAAGAAGGUGAAGCGAGUCUUCCUUGUGAAGCAGCUGAAUAAUUCCCAGCGGCAGCGCGAGCGCGAGGCUGCGGAUGAGGCCUCCAUGCAGCAACGGCAAAGCAUCUAUGACGACAUGAACGUACUCAUUGAGGUCAAUAAAGCCAUCGAGCGAGAGAACACGCGACUACGCACUGCGUUGGAGGCAAAGGAGUUCUUGGGCGGGGCUGACUCCAGGGCGUCCGCGGUGGCGCGUAGUCGAGAGUCAGAGCAAGCGGCUGGCGGACAGCAGAGGGAGUGCAGGGCCGGCUCCUCCGUCUAUGAUGGCAGGCAAAAGGAGUCUCGCGAUGGAGCCUCAUUCGUUUCACAGUCCCAAGUCAAUCCGCAAGGUCAGGACGUGGAAGCGGUCGCCGCCACUGGGCCUUCACCGCCGCGUGGGAAGGAAGAAAAAGCCUCCGAAGCGGCACACGCAGGUGAUUCGGUGGUGCAUUAUGAUCAUGCGAAGACGACUGCCGGUGCCCGGCGGCCCAGUGACGCGCCGUCGUUCUCUGCGGGCGGCACCACAGACGCGGAACAGCUUCGCGAAACUGACGCGAGAAAGCGAUACAUCCAACAACAGGCGCCCGUUACUAGCGUGCUGAUGCGGCUUCACAAGGAGCGUAUGAUGUGGCAACGCCGAUUGGAGGCGGAGGCAGCCAACACCAUGGCUCUUCUUGACAGUGACGCCUACGCGGCACGCGCCGUCAGUUCUGACCCAAGGAAGGAGUCUGUUGACUUGAGUGCGGCACGUUUGGCGAGAUUUGGCAGUCAGGCUUCGAGACCGUUUGGGAGCAGCAUUCACUUUCAACUUUCUACCGAAAACAUUGAAAGCCACAGACGGGAAUCGAUGCGGAGCUUUAGCCGAAGGUACACGGCCACUUCGGAAACCGAAUCUUUGCCGCAGAGUGAAGGCAACGUGAGCACGGUGAGUUCGGAAUGUCGCACAGCACGCGAGAGCGCAAGUGGUGAGGGCACAGUAGGCUCAGAGGGGGAGAGCAGGGCCUCGCUGCCGACCUCGAUUAAGCGGAAGAAGGAAGUGAAGGGAAGACGGCGUACCUCGCGCAAGUCUGAGCGUGCCGCGAAGCUGGAGAAGAGGAAGGUGCACAAUGCAGAUGUGCGUCCGUCGUGGUCACUCGUCCGGGCUUCCAUAAGCAACCCCUCGCAGUCUCACGGAGUUGGUAGUCAACGCAGCGAGUCCGCGGGAAGCAUCUCUAACGAGUCGCGGCAAGAAAAACACCUCGUGUCCCGCCGUUCAACAAUGGAGGGGCGGUCGUCGGUGCAGAAAGCAAAAACGAAGGAUGCGGCCCUGUCUCCUAAGAGACCAGUUUCUAAUAGCACCAAGGUGAAAGCCGUUGAGGGGCCCGAUAUAGGUUCGACAGUGGGCGCGAGUUCAGCCAGCAAAGUCAGUCGCCACAGGCGGCAAGAGAAGAAGGAUGCAUCAAAGGAGCAAGAGCCUCGACGUAGUAGAAGGGUGGUGGCGGUGGGGGGACAACAAGAGGCCCUUCAUGCUCUAAAGGUAGAGAUGGGGGCAGUGCGGGAUAAACACAAAGGCUUGCGCACUGAGAUGGAUGAAUUUUUCCUCGUGCUAAAAGAAUGCCUUACUGUGUUGCGCGGACGUAAUGAACAGUUGGAGCAUGGCGUCGAGGCUGAAAGUCAGGCCUUUGUGUCUGAAAUGGCAGAAGACGUCAUAAAGGACAUGGUGGAGCAGCGUGUGUUUGACCGACUUGAGCAGCAAGGCAUAGUCCUCCAGCGGCAUCCAGGACCCUCGUCUGCCUUGACGGAUGAGGAAUGGGCGCAAAAUCAGUUCUACGACGCCAUUCUAAAGACCUCGCGGGAGCGUAUCGCCGGGGCGCUGGUAAAGGGAAAUGAGAAGCGCGGGCAAAAAUGGGAGGCGCAACAAGGGGCUAGGCCUCCCUGGCCGCCAAGUCAGCCGCCGCCGCUGCCGAACCCCAGUUCACCGCGCAGAGUUGCAGCACUGCUCAAGGAUGCCGCCACCCCUUCUGCAGGAAAGACGGCAAGUAGUUGUUUGCCCAGGCCUCCUUCCAACAGCAACGAUUUCACGUUUGAAGAGCCAACUGGUGGGCUUUGGCCCGUGGUGACGCCGCUACGCCCCCCACCACGCGGCGGAGGGGUGGAGGAGGAAAAAGAGAUUGCAGGAACCCCAACAAGCACCGGUUACGAGCCACCUCUGGCCCAGCUCAGGGACUGGUUGCAUCCGAUGGCGGGGGGAGAUGGAGGUUUCCGCGGGGAAUAUGAAAAAGCUACGGGGCCGGACCCCUGGGCAUCGCCUCCCUCCGCAGCAUUCCCGUACGGAAAGGAAGGUCAGGCCCCCAUGCCACCCCGGGGCCCUCGUCUGCUUCCGGUUAACAUUGUCAAUUUUUCAACUCCUCUUGGCCAAGCCGGUUUGAGAGGGUAUGCUGGUUUGGGCCAGGAGACUCUUCCGCCGCCGAAGCGGUUUGAGGGAAAUAUUCUGGCCUACCUGCGGAGUCUCCAGCCCCGUGAGCACGCAGGAGGCGUUGAGAAUAUGGCUCCGGCGGUGUAUCGCUACGACUUUAAGGCUGCACUUGCGGAGGCGCGGAUGCAGUUUCAAGGCACCGUUCGUGCCGCGGCUGCUCAAAUGCGAAAACCGUUCUUUGAAAAUGCCUUUAGAAACGAGAUAUUACCUUAUGCGAAAGCUGCUAAAUCUCUUCAGAAUGGUCAACGCAUGGCGCCUUGGAUGUUGGCGGCCGUUCGGCAGCUAAGAGCUGAAGAGGAGCAGAGAAAUCGGAGAAAGCGGCAUCAUCUCUUCGAGAGGAUUGCAACAAACUUGCGUGCGAGGCAUCUGCUGAAGAGUCAUGUGUGCAGAGGGUCGGCGAUGGCUUCGUACGUGAUUGUGUUGUGGGAAAGGUGGCUGGAUCGUUGGAAGAAGAAAAGCGCAGUUCAGCGGGUGGAGAAGGAAGCCGAUUUGAACCGCAUGUUGGAUUUGAUUGCCGCUAACCUGAAAGGCCGUUCGCGGCCGCCGCAGCGAGAGGCUGGGGCAGGGAAUCUGAAGGAUGCGAAGAAUGCACUCCUGGAUCCAAGCAGCUCACACUUCAGUGAAGUUCGAUUUCCCCCCAAAUCUACGUAA